AUGGAGAGGGACACGGAGAAUGACGAAGAGAACGAGAGAAAGGGAGAUCCGCCAUCGAAGGAGGAGGAAGAGAAAGAUGGAGAAGGCGACAAUAGAGAGAGAAGUCGCCACUGUCGCGCUUCCUGCACCUCUAGAGCUAUCUCUGCCUUGCGCUGCCGGAUCCGCCGCUGCUGUAUUUUUCCAUGUAUGUUCAUUACUGAUGCAAUUAAUUCCAAUACUAAUAAUUUUAUUUCAAGAGUCACAACCAAGCAUGUUUUUGCAACAUUGUCAUUCAUUGCUGAGAUAUUUAUAUUCCUUAAUGUUGGGAUGGAUGCACUGGACAUAGAAAAGUGGCGAUUCAUAAGCCAAAGUCCUGGAAAAUCAGUUGGGAUCAGUUCAGUGCUUCUAGGACUUAUCCUAGUUAAAAGAGCAGCAUUUGUUUUCCCUCUCUCAUUCUUAUCCAAUUUGCUCCAGAAAUCCCCACAUGUGAAAAUUGACAUGAAGCAACAAGUCACAAUCUGGUGGUCUGGUCUCAUGCGAGGUUGGUGCACGAAUUUGUAA